GAGGAGGUAAGGAGGAGGUGAGGAGGGAGUUCAGAGGAGACAGAGAGCAGCUGAGGACGGAGGGAGACUCGCCGCAGCAGGUUAAUCUGCAGCAGCAAAGCUGGUCACCAUGAGUCUGGACGAAGACGCCCGCUGGCUGGAGUGGGUGACCAAACAGUUCGAGACCAUCGCCGGAGAAGACAAAGAGAUUGACCUGGAGGAGUUCAAAACAGCUCUCAAGGUCAAAGAGUCUUUCUUUGCUGAGCGUUUCUUCGCACUGUUCGACUCAGACGGCAGCGGCUCCAUCAGCCUGGACGAACUGCUCAAAGCUCUGGACCUCCUGAUCCACGGCAACGAGACCGACAAGCUCCGCUUCCUGUUCCAGGUCUACGACGUGGACGGCAGUGGUUCAAUAGAUCCAGACGAGCUGAAAACGGUUCUGAAGUCAUGUUUACGUGAGAGCGCCAUCUCUCUGCCGGAGGAGAAGCUGGAUGACCUCACACUGGCUCUGUUUGAGUCCGCCGAUAAGGACAACAGCGGCUCCAUCACCUUUGAGGAGCUCAAAGCUGAACUGGAGACGUUCCCCGAGGUGAUGGAGAACCUCACCAUCAGCGCUGCUAACUGGCUGAAGCCUCCUGAUCUGGACCAGAAGAAGCGUCAGACCCCUCGCUACCUGACCCGGGCCUACUGGCAGAACAACAGCCGGAAGCUGCUGUUCCUGGCUGUGUACUCCCUCCUUAAUCUGCUGCUGUUCAUCGUCGCCAUGUUGCGCCACAGCUACGGCGGGCCUUGGUUCAUGGUGGCCAAAGGCUGCGGCCAGUGCCUCAACUUUAACUGCACCUUCGUCAUGGUGCUGAUGCUGCGGCGCUGUUUGACCUGGCUCAGGGCCACCUGGGUGGUGAGGGUGUUUCCUCUGGAUCAGAACAUCCUGCUGCACCAGAUUGUGGGCUACGCCAUCCUCGGAUUCACGCUGGUGCACACCGCCGCACACGCCUUUAACUUCGUCCAGAUGACGGAGAGCGGUGAGUACAGCCUGUGGGAGUACCUGCUGACCACCCGGCCUGGGAUUGGCUGGGUGAAGGGGACAGCCUCGCUGACUGGAGUCGUCCUGCAGGUGCUGAUCUGCCUCAUGGUGCUCUGCUCCAGCACGUUCGUGCGCCGCAGUGGACACUUUGAGGUGUUUUACUGGUCUCACCUGUCCUAUGUGUGGGUUUGGAUCCUGCUGAUCAUUCACUGUGCAAACUUCUGGAAGUGGUUCGUGGUUCCAGGUGUGGUGUUCGUGCUGGAGAAGAUCGUGGGGAUCGCCGUGUCCCAUAUGGGAGGCCUCUACAUCGUGGAGGUCAACCUGCUGCCUUCCAAGGUGACUCAUCUGGUGAUCAAGCGUCCCCAGUUCUUCCAGUUCAAACCUGGAGAUUACGUCUUCAUGAACAUCCCAGUGAUCGCCAAAUAUGAGUGGCACCCGUUCACCAUCAGCAGCGCUCCCGAGCAGUCAGAUACUCUGUGGCUGCACAUCCGCUCACUGGGCCAGUGGACCAACCGGCUGUAUGAGUACUUCAGAGAGCUGGAGAGCGAGGCUCUGGGUCCCAACAGACUCGCCACCAGCCUGCGGAAGCGCCGGCAGCUGCCGAGAGCUCAGGACGACCUGUUCAGCUCUGCCGACGGUAACGGAGCCGUGGCGUCUAAUGAGGACGGCGCCAUCGAGCUGACGAUGUACCGACAGAGCGGCUCGCCGUCGGGCGAGGCCUCCGAGUCCGGAGCUCAGGGACUCGUGCAACCUUUUCCAGACGGUCUGGGAUCAGCAGAGCGAGGAGAGAUUUCUUCCAAGCUGACUGAGAACCACAGAUUCUGCAACAUCAAGUGUUACGUAGACGGGCCGUACGGGACUCCGACACGGCAGAUCUUUGCCUCCGAACACGCCGUUCUGAUCGGGGCAGGAAUCGGCAUCACACCCUUCGCCUCCAUCCUGCAAAGCAUCAUGUACCGGUACCGCAUGAGGAAGCAGAACUGUCCCAGCUGUAAAUACUCGUGGUGCGAGAACAUCAAAGACAGCGAGAUGAAGCUGCGCAAAGUUGACUUCAUCUGGAUCAACAGAGACCAGAAGUCCUUCGAGUGGUUUGUCAGUUUGCUCACCAAACUGGAGAUGGACCAGGCCGACGAGGAGCCGGAAGGACGCUUCCUGGAGAUGCACAUGUACAUGACGUCAGCGCUCAGCAAGAACGACAUGAAGGCCAUCGGCCUGCAGAUGGCGCUCGACCUUCUGGCCAAGAAGGAGAAGAGAGACUCGAUCACUGGACUGAGGACCAGAACCCAACCGGGCCGACCCGAGUGGGGGAAGGUGUUUCAGAAGGUGUCUGAGGAGAACAAAGGGAAGGUACAUGUGUUUUACUGCGGCGCUCCCGCUCUGGCCAAAGUCAUCAAAGCUCAGUGUGAACACUUCGGCUUCAACUUCUACAAGGAGAACUUCUGAGGAGGUCACGGGCCGUCAGCACACACCUGCAGCGGUGUGUGUGUGUGUGUGUGUGUGUGUGUGUGUGUGUGUGUGUGUGUAUCGCUGAUGUUGUGGAGACAUUAAUCAUUUUAUGUGGUCACAUUUUGUUGGACCCGCCUCCUUUCUGGGGGUGUGACGUACAGAGUAUGGAGCUUGGUUGAAAGCGACCUAUUGUGAGAGCAGCUUCGCAUGAUUUACAGCUCAAAAUAAUCCUUCUUUAUCUGAAACUGGCCCUGGGAACUUCCUUUCAAAGUGGAAUAAAGACAAUUUGUGUUGUAUUUGUAUUUGUUGUAACUUCUGCUGCCCUCUUGGGAAAAAAAAAGAGACCUGGUCUCUCAGUGAGACUUUUCCCUGCACAGGUUAGAGAAAUAUCCCAGUAAUGUUUAUGGACCUUAUGGGUUUGUAUGGAAGCUUGUUUCUACUACUGGAAUUAAAAAAGUGCCAUCCACGAGUAAACAAAGUUAACAAAAAAAAAAAGCUAUUUUUUAAAACUUUUCUCUGAGUGAUUUUUAUGAAAAGUUUGACUUAUUAAUUUGAAAUGUUAGGAUACUAAACCUAAAUUUGGACUUUUUCACAAAAAUACUUGUGUAUGGCACAUCUUUAUUUAAUAAUAAAAUCUAAUCUUCUUUGUUAUUUUACUUAUUUUCGAUUUGAAUAAUUACUGUGUCUGAUCCAUCUGUGGCAGGUUAUCGUGUUAAUGAUGUUUAUGUG